GCGGUCUGAUCAAUGGGUGGGUUAACCCGUCGGCCUGACACAGCCAGAUGGAGCCUGGGAUUGGUGGUGACCCAGGACGGGGAGCCAGGGCUGGGGACCCCAAACAGGUAGCACACUUGUUGAUCUCCGUCAUUAUUUCAUGUCUCCCUCUAACUGCUUCCAGUAACUUACCCAUUAUUGAUACAUUUACCCUAAAUUGUAUCUAAGGGGGGGAGGAGGGGCCAAUCAAUGCCCAGCUGACACCUGGUACAGGGGGCAGCCAUUGCUGGAUGGCAUGAGAAGGCAUGCCAGGGUUCAGGUGUCUGGCAGUAUGGGCAGGGCAGGGUAGGCAGUGGCUGCAUUGGGGUUUAGUUAUAAAUUGUAACUGGGGGGGAGGAGGGGCCAAUCAAUGCCCAGCUGACACCUGGUACAGGGGGCAGCCAUUGCUGGUUGGCAUGAGAAGGCAUGCCAGAGUUCAGGUGUCUGGCAGUAUGGGCAGGGCAGGGCAGGCAGUGGCUGCAUUGGGGUUUAGUUAUUAUAAUUUUGUUUGUUUUUAUGUUCUGGUUGAAGAUGAGUCACUUCCUUAUCUUUUCUCCAACCCAUGGCUUUCCUGGCCAGACCCAGCAUGUGUUUAAUGUGGGCAUAACCUGAGUAAAAAGACUCAUUCUGGGAGGGAAGUUCUCAAAGUGGAGCAGUGACAUUCCAUUUGGUUUCCAUGGUGAUUGCUCCACUCUUAGAACUUUGCCCCAGAUUAAUUCUUUAUACAGACUUCUCCAGAUCUACAUACAGGGCAGGAAGGAAGUGCGUUUAUCCAGCAGGCAGGAAUCCCAAAGUUACUGAGCUGGUUAAUUCUCUUCUCUCCCCAAAUCCCCAGUAGCAUAGAUGGCUACAUAUGUUAGGACAUUGCUUUUAUUGUGCUGCCAAUAACACACAUAUAUUUAGAAAUAUUAAUAUUGAGUUUAUUUUUUUUACAGAAUGUUUUCAAGGGAAUGUGUCUGUAAAUAAUUUGUGCAGAGUGGUUUUCUACAUAAUUGCUCACUUUGAUAGCAGAUGAUUGCAAUAGAAGAAAUUAACUAUUAUAUACAGUAGUCAAAUUUGAAAAUGUUGUACAGUGUCAUUAUAUAAAUUAUAUGAUUUGUAAUCUUUAUAGUAGAGCUUUAUCAAGGUUCCCUCAGGAAAUGAAAGGACUAAUUUAUUAUAUUGGGUUAGUGAAACCAUGAUAUGUGCACCAUAACGACCUCAUUAAAAUCAGAGGUUUUAGUGCCACUCUUAGGGUUAUUCACAUAAAUGAGAAUUCAAAGUGAAUUUAAAAUUUCAUGUCAAACUAGCUGAACUGGAAAAGUUCUCAGCUCUGUCAGCUGGGCUCUUAGUUCGGCUGGUCUGGACUUUAAAUUUAAAAUUCAGCACUUUCAGUCAGUUUCUCUGGAUAAAGCUCAAGAGGUGUUUGUUUAUACAUGAUUAAGGCCUCACGACCAGAACAUUGCAUUUUAUUUUUGUCUUUUUUUACCACAAUAAAUCUUUGAACCUGCACCCUUUAUUGUGAUGUCUGUGGACCUUUACCUAAAGAGUUGUUAGUUAAGCUGGUUUGUCAGCAUUGAAGAGAUUCCCUGAGGCAUGCUGAACAAUGUGAUCUACCUGGUCACUUAUGCUUUGACAACACAAAACAAAAAAAAGGAACUGCACUCUAUCACUUGAGCCAAAAGGGUGAUUUACCAGACCCAGAGACAGCACUCGCCCAGCAAGUAAACACCAGUUGAAGAAAUGGUCCAGUUACUCCAGUGUUCUAAAGACACCUUAAUUGGAACACUAUCUUACAAUUUCUUCAACUAGUCUUAUGCUUGUCUUAUUAUUUUAUUGAAUUUUUAAGUUUAGUGGCGGUUUGUGGCAUAUUUUAUAUAUUUAAGCUACUUACAGUUCUAUUUAGUACACGGUGUGUAGGACUGUUUGAUGAUCAGUUUUGGAUGCAAUUCAGCCAAUAGUUUGAAAUUUCGAUUCAGAUGAAAUGCAGAGCUUGCCAGUGAAUAUUUCAGUGGUUUAGACAAUUCAAUAAGUCCCUGAUUUGGUGCCCUUAUGAGAGAGUGCCACAUUUAAGGGUACCAAAUUAGGCAGGAAGUUGUGCUUGGUAGAUAGCUCACUAUUUUUGUAUCCUUAAAUAUGUUAAUCCCACAUAAAGAUACCAAAUUAGGGAGCUAUCUACUAACAUAGUUACAUAGAUUAAAAAGAGACACACGUCCGUCAAGUUCAGCCUUUCUUGCUGUUGAUCCAAAAGAAGGCAAAAAACCCUAUUUGAAAUAUUCCUUCUUGGCCCCAGAAUGGCAGUCUGCUCUCUCCUUGGAUCAAGAAGCUGUUACCCCACAUGUUACAAAUGAUAUCCCUGAACAUGUUUUUACAAGUAUUCAUCCGGUCAUUGUUUAAAAAUCUGUACAGACUCUGAUAAAACCACAUCUUCAGGCAGAGAAUUCCACAUCCUCAUUGUUCUUACUGUAAAAAAAAAUAAAAUCCUUUGCCUUAGACUAAAUCUCCUUCCUUCCAGUCUAAAUGCGUGACCUUGUGUCCUAUGUGUGGUCCUGUUUAUGAAUAGAUUUCCAGACAAUGGUUUGUAUUGUCCCUGAAUUUAUUUGUAUAAUGCUCAUAUCCCCUCUUAAUAUUUGCCUUUGGCUGUUUAGUAGAUAGCUCUCUAAUUUUGUUCCCUGCCUGGUGUAGGAUAUUCAUUUUUAAGGAUACCAAAUGAGGUACUCUUGAGUGGGAUUGCCAUAUUUAAGGAUACAAAAUAAGGGAGCUUAUUUUGGUAUUUUUGAGGAAAUAAGGGAGCUGUCUAAUAAAAACAGCACGCUAAUCUGGUGCCCUUAAAUUUAGCAAUCCCACAUAAGGGUACCAAUUUUAUUAAUUUCUAAAUAACUGAAUGAAUUGCACAAAGAAGAAUAAAUAAACUUAAUUCCCCCCUUUUCUGUCUAACAGGAAUGGGCAAUGGAGUCGAAGGGCCCCAGUAUUGAGAAAAAAGGUCCAUAUCUGAUGGGCAAGGGUCCAUCAAUACAAGCCAAGUUACGUGAGUAUUAAAAGUGGUUAGUGAUAUUUGGAGUCCUUGAUGGUGCCUGUGCUUAGUCACUGUGUUAAAUAAACAUUUAGGUCCAGUUGUGUCUUUUGUUUAAAGGGAUACUAUAGGCAAAGAAACAGCUUUAGCUUAAUGAAGCAAUUUGUGUGUAGAAGGCUAUUAACAGAGCAGGAGAUAAGCAUUAAACAGAUUGUGCAAUAAAGUAAGUUUACACAUAAGAUGACUCUUUACAGGAAGUGUUUAGGAAGCCUUAGUCAGUCACAUGCAGGGAGAUGUGACUAGAGUUGUGUAAAUAAAGUGAAUUAACUCCUAAAUGGCAGUGAAACUGCAGGGAAAUGAUCUAUACACCAAAACUGCUUUAUUAGGCUUGUCGUUUUAAUCCAGAGUGUGCCUUUAAGCAACUGGUUCAAUUAAAGUUGCAAAAAUCCCCUAUAAAUACAGAUACAAUUGCUUCUCAUAAAUGAGCCUCAAAAUAAGUAUUAUCGGGACAAUACUGCUGGGGAAUUUCCAUGCAAUGUAAAAUGACCUGGAUACAGCCAUGGAAUUGAUAACUGUCCACCGUGGACAAUAUGUUUUUGAAUAAAGUGUCCUUCUAAAAACGAAAGCAGCAAGAUGGUCUGUAAAAACGCAAGAGGCCUUGAGAUUUGUUUUAGUAAUAUAUGGGGGUUUCCCCAUGCUGGAUAAAGUAUUAAUUGUUGAUGUUCUACUUGGUACCUGAGGAAGUGCCUUUUCGUAUAUAUGAAACUCGUGGUAAGAACAUGUGGAUCUCCUUUUUAUAUGCUAUCUGCGCCAUUCUAUCUUUAUAAUGCAUUUUUUUUAAAUAUUGAUUGUGACCAGUUAAUGUCAAAUCUUAUCUGCAAAACCAUAAAAAAACAAAAAAGCGAGAACCAAACUCUCAUUCAGAUCAUAGUGACAGCGGGAGAAGGAAGUGUCCGAGGAAGGAAUUCUUACCAAACUAAUGACAGAUUAUCAUCUUCAGCCCUUCCUAUUUUCCUUUUUAUUGAUAAAGAGAAACAACGUAUUUAGAACUAUUUCUUGUUCACAAAUCUGUAUAAUUUCAAAGUGUUUGAUAUUCACGUAAACUCUGUUUGAUGGUUCGCUUUGUAGCAGUUUCCUAACAUUUCCAAUAAAGCACACAGACACAGGAGCCAUUUAAAGCUCUUACAGGUGUAAUAAACGUCUAAUGCUUUUUUUAAACGUGGAGAAAUUCUAUUGGCGGAUGUUCCUGAAAGCAGAUUGCCAUCAUCGAGGCUGUCAGUAAUCCGUUUAGUAAGACCAUCUGCUAUUUUACAUCUAACUGUGUGGUUACCUUUUAUCUUACAUUUAAAAUGCAAAUAAUAAUGCAGAUUAUAUGAAAACGCAAGCUUGAAUCUAACUGGCAUUUUCGACCCUUCUUUCCCUAUAUGAGAAAAAUGUCCCACUUUGCUCACGAGUUGGUUAAUCUAACAGCUAUACAGGUUCAUUUAAUAAAGAAGAGUAAACUUCGGUUCCUUCUUCCUCCCGUCCUCCCCUUCCUCUCCUGAAUUUUCUAAGUUUAGUGGAUGUGGGAAGAGAUUAGGCAGACCCUGAGCAACAGCUUCCUGCGGCUUUUUUGAUAAAUCUGGAUGCUAGAUGGGUUUCCACAUACAAUCCUGUUUGACUCCAUGAUUUGGUAGCAAUCCAUGGACUGAGUGUGUGCGGAAUGGUCUGCUACCCUGCAAGUGCAGACUCUAUGCUCCCUGUGGGCCUUGAAGGACACUGGCCUAGCAAAUCAGGAACGAUUUUUGAUAUCCCCACUGACUAGUAAAACAGUACGUAGCUCCCCUUAUGCAGAUUCAAAAGGGCGAAUGCUUUGCUUUCCUUCAAGCAACACAGGCCGUGAAUAAUCUAUCCCAAAUCCACCCAACUUAGAAAAUUAUUGGGGGGUGGCAAUAAAUCAAAUAGUUAAGUUUUUAUAUUGCCAUUUCUAUUUGAAAUUUCAUGAAUUAAGGAUUUUAAUGAUAAUUAAGAAAAUGUUUUUUCUUGCUGAGGUAAGUAGCCCCUUCCUAUGAAUUGAAUAAAAGCUCUCGAUGGAGCGGGUCCCUGCUGGUUUUACUUGCUCAGUCCGUGUCCUGUGUAUUUAGUGUAUCCCUGUAUCGCUCUCCAGAAUAUGUUAACACAUUAAAAAACCCAGUAAUAAUAAUUUUUUUUAACCAGGUGAUUUGCAAUUUUGUGUAAUAGAGAUCACAACCCAUGUAAAUUUAUGUUCAAUUCAGUGGCCGAAUGGCAAUUAACCCUUUGACAGCAUCAGCUAUCUAUUCAAAAUAAACCGCAUUUGUAUUAAAGGGGAAACUAUAGUGUUAGGAAAAGAAACUCGUUUUCUUGGCACUAUAGCUUCCCCCUUGUUUAAGGCCCCCCCGUGGUGCAGAAGGGGUUAAUAACCCCUGUCUGUCACUUACCUGGGUCCAGUGCCGAUGUCCCUCGGAGCUUGCUCUGUUCCGCCUCCACUCCUCCCCCACUGACAUCAGCCGGCGGGCAAGACCUAAUGCGCUGCGCAAUGGUUGCACGCGCAUUUAGGAUUUCUCUGUAGGAAAUGCAUAGCGUGAGGACGUUCAGCAUCAUUUAAGUGACCUAAAGUUGCCUAAGCACCAGGAAGUCUCUCUAGUGGCUGUCUAGUAGACAGCCACUAGAGGAGGAGUUAAAAAAAGUGCAAUAAUUACAUGCUCACGGUUAAGGGUGAUGGGACACUGCACCCAAACCACUUCAAGGUCUGGGUGCCUACAGUGUCACUUUAAAGCAACAUUGUAACCAGUGGCCCAGUGGUAGUCAAUGGACCGCUUAAGUCCACCAGGUCACUUAAUCUCAAUUAAAGCAACACUGUCUUCUUUAUGAAAUACUCAUUUCGAGUGUGUUGGAAUUUCACUUAAAUUCCAACCCAGUCAAGAGAGAAGGCCAGACAAAAUAGGGACUACUUUGUCUCUGUAUUUCUCGUCUGUCUGACUUUCUAAGAUUUAGGGCAGAGUCUAAGUGUCAAACUCGACAGGCUGCAGGGUAUUGGCUGUGUCUGUGGAUAGAUAUAUAUAUUUAUACUGCAGGGUUAAAGCGAUACUAUAGGCACCUAGAUCCACUUCAGCUCAUUCGAAGUGGUCUUAGUGCAGUUCCACAGUCCCUUUUUAAUCCUGCAAUUGUAAUUAUUGCAGUUAGUGAUAAACUGCAAUAAUUCCCUUGCAGGACUAACUCCUCCUCUAGUGGCUGUCAUACUCAUACACAUAGGCGGAGUGGGAGACUCUGCACUGGAACGGUUAAAGUAACAGCUAACCAGCUUUAUUUUAUUAAUCUGUAUGACAAACAGGUGGGGCUGUAUUUCUGUUAGGGACAGUAAAGUCUUGGGAAUACAGAGUGAAAGUACAUUGGCAAGUCUCCGUUCUGAAUAGGUUACUCAUUACAGAUUGAUUUUGUCAUUUUCACAAAGAUUUCAUUUUAUCAGCAGAUAAUAAACACUGGUUAAACACUGGAAAUGCUUCAAAAGAACGGUCAUUGUGGGGGAUGGCCUUGAUUCAGUAAUUUAUAGGUUAUUGUUCAAUUGUAUGAAUGUUGGAUAGGAGACAUGGACUUUCUAAAUUAAAGGUUUUCUACUAAAUUAGGAUAAAUUAUAAUAAUUUUUUUUUUUUAACAUCUUAAGGACAGAGGCAAUUGUACAUGUUCUGACCAAAAACAAAACCUUAAUUUGAGCUAUAUGUUUGUUCAACCAUAAUUUUCCUCUUUCAUAUUAAAGGGACACUGUAGGCACCUAGACCACUUCAACUCAUUGAAGUGGUCUGGGUGCGGUGACCCUUUUGCAAAACAUUGCAGUUCCAGCGACAUCGGCGCUGGAUUCAGGUAAGUGGCUGAAGGGGUUUUAACCACUUCAGCUGUGCAGAAGGGGGUCGCGAGGAGUGGGGGGGCCUAAUAACCCUAUAGUGCCAGGAAAACUGCGUUGUUUUCCUGGCACUAGAGGGUCCUUUUAAGUGCACACACACUUAUUAUAUAACAUUUUAUUCAUAAGAAAUUGGGCUUUCAUUUCACAUAAACUAUUUAUAUGCAAAACAUAACUUAAUAUAAAUAAAAUCCACAAAAGUUUGAGAAAUUAUGAAGCUUUGUGAUAAAAUACACAUAUAUGUGUUCAGCAUAACUCACACCCUACCCCCUGUUUACAUGUUUUAAAGGGCUUUGGAAAGUUACACGGUCAAAUAUAGGGCUUGUCCAUUAAUUUCUCUGGACUUUCUGCCUGGGUUGUCAGACAGGUCCCCCCAAUAUAUAAAAUCAUAAAUAUGCACGUAGAAUAAAAUAUGAGAUAUUUAUUCUCAUAUGUCAUAUUUUUAUACAUUAUUUUUCCAUAAUUGGGUUUUUAUUAAUUGUAUCUUCCUGACAGUCCAGGCAGCCUCCCUGCCUGAAAUGUUGUAAUCUGGCCAAUCGUGUGAUCCGUGUCAUUGCGACUAAGAUCGGAUGGGUGGGGUUAGCUGUAGCUGGACAGUCUGUUUCCACGCAGUCCCCAGCCAUGGAAGGUGAGUAUCCACUCUGCAGGUAGGAACCAAUUGUCAGUGCGUGCUAUGCCAUCCUAACAGAGUUAAAGCAUUUUUUGGACCGCGUAGCAGGCAAUAAAAUUGGGAAACGGUUAUGAGCAAGUUUUUGUUUUUUUUGUUGUUUUUUUUAGUUUUAUAAUUUUUGUAUGUUUGUAAUAGCUUUCAUAUUCCACAUCCAUGUUACCGUGUUGCCACCCACCCCAUUAAUGGUUUAUAAGUGUGUAGGGGUUCAUAAAAAUACCCUUUAUGUCAUAUUCAAGAGUUUUAGCUGAAGACGGCAAAGUGAAUUGUUAGUGUAGGACUCCCCUAAGAGGUUUUGCUUUGCGUGGCAGGUGAGCUUACACCUAAAUGUGCUUUUGAAAUGAUACUAAAAAAAACCUCUAGUUAUUUAAACGCGCUUUGGGAUAGAGCACAGGUAACUCUUUCUUUCUGGUUUCUGUUCUAUGUAUUUGGACUGAUUGCUGCUGACCAGGAGUAGUGGGAGAUUAAGCACAGGGCAUUAGUUUGUUUAUUCUCUUUCUCUGCUCGGUCAGUCUAGUCAUUUAUAGUGCACUCUUUCAAAUUAGAUGAAGUUAAAAGAAUAAUUAAAAAGAAUAUUUUUUAUAAACCUGCUUUUAAUGAAUGUAUUUUUAGUACUUUGCAUGACACUUGUUCCACCACUGGCAAUGUGAAUAUUCUCAGCAUUCAUUUAAAAAAAUGUUUCUUCUUUUUUUUUUUUUCUCCAGAAAGACAGAGAGAUUUGGCCCGGGCUACAUUAAAGAAGAAGGGCAUGUUGGUAGUACCUGGGAAAGGAAAAACAGUUUCCAAAAAGUAUGUUUAGCUGAUGGAGCAGAAAGAAGUAUCAGACGGUUUAGUUACACAGUUACAAUGUCUUCUCUCCUGUUUACAGGUCUGUAAAGUUCAAUAAAGGCUACGCGGCUCUCAGUCAGGCUUCUGACGAAACUCUAGUUUCUCUGGACUCGGACAGGUGAGGCUGUUUUCUGCUAAAUAUGUUAUGUGCCGCCAAACCAGUGUAAGAAUUUUCAGUAUAAAAAGUUUUCACUAUUUGUCUAUAAUGGCACUGCAGAUAUAUAAGAGAGGGGAUUUAACUAUAAAUAGGACAAUUACAAGAAAACUUACAGGAACGAUAGGUUGAAGAGGACGACCCUGCUCAAACGAGCUUACAGUCUAUAGGAGGUGGGGUGUAAAACACAUCAGGACAGGAAAUAGCAAUCAAAUAAGGUGAGAGUGAAGCAGGGCUGGAGAAGAGAGUAAAUUGCUGCCCUAUAGGAGAGAGCAAGAGCCAGGUAUGUGAGGUAGAGGUUACUCUGGGAAGCCAUAAGCUUUCCUAAAGAGAUGGGUUUUAGGGCACUUUGCAAAGGAUUGAAGACUAUGGGAGAGUCUGAUGGCGGUAGGCAGGCUAUUCCAUAGGAAGGGAGCCACCUGCGAGAAGUCCUGCAAGCACGAGUUGGCCGUACGGGUGCGAGCAGCCGAUAGGAGAAGGUCACAGGCAGAGGGGAGAGACCGAGAAGGGGCAUACCUAUGGAUCUGUCAAGAGAUAUAAGAAGGGCUAGAAUGGUAAAUAAUGCUGGGGAAGUAGUCUCCUCCUAACAGUAGAUUACAUAUAAGCCGUUUAAUAGGUCAAAUCAAAGGGAGUAGAUGACAUGUCAUUGCCUGUUAAUGGAAGCUUGGAGUGCAGUGAUCAAGGGAAGAGCUAAGGAAUGCAGUUGGAAUUGGGGGUCAUUUGUUUUAGGGAUAACUUUAGGACUGUCAUACCAUUUCUGUUCCCCUCUCAUUUCCUGUAUCCCCUCUCAUUCUUUCAGUGAUGCAGAGCUGGAGUCUAGAUGUUCUUCUGGCUAUUCCUCUGCAGAGGUAAGGAGUACAAAAUAAAUAUAUAGUUCAAAUCCAUUAAGUUCAGUUUAAUUAAAGUGUCAAACAAAACCAACCCAAAAUGUUUGGCUGAGGGAAAUUAUACCUAAUUAACUAAACUACGUUUAUUCUGGUCAUUUCCUUAAUAUAAUGUAAAUUAAUGUUUUGUUUUUUUAAUUUUGUUGAUUGGGAUUUGUGAUAAUUUGAAAAAAAAUCUGAAAAUACUGAUUGCCAUUUUGAAGUCAUGGAGGAACCAACGAUUUAAAGUUAUUAUGCUUACUAAUUUUAAAAACGGCUAUACUUAAAUAAAACCAGAGGCUUCUUGUACCUGCACCUUUUUGAUCCUCUAUGCUGAUAUCACUCUAUGACUAUGCUUCCCCCUUUAACAUACAAUAUAUUGAGAUUACAUUGUGUGUGCUGUGUAGGUUCCAGGUAAUGUUUAAAUGCUAGGAUCUUGGUAAAGUAUUCAGUAAACAUGCUGAGGUCAGGCGAAGGAGAAUGCAGAAAAAAGGAGGAGAAAUAAGAAUAAAUGGAAUAACUUACUAUGUUAUAAAAAUCUAAAUGACCUGACCUCGAAAAACGUCAAAAUAUUUAUCUAAUUUCUUUCCAAGGCAUUUCAAACCUAUGGUUCCUGAUAUGGUGGGCAAAAAGCCAGAUAUUAUCUCCUUACUCUAUUCUGCAGCCAGAUUCAGUAAACAUCUUUGGAAGGUCCCAUCUUCUAUUUAUUACAUAAAAAAAUUGGGUCCAUCUUUCAAUAUGUGACCUUUGAUUAUUAAUCAUUGAUGUUUCACCAAUAGAUAGAUUUAACAAAUCUAAUCAUUGAGUGUCUUCCGCCUCUUACUUUUUUCUAUGUCCCCAUGUCAUUAAACACACAAAAACACAAUAUUGGAAAAGACCACUGAUGACGUAGCCUUACUAGAUUUGCCACUUUUAAUCCUUUAAACAAAUGCUUCUUAAUGCUGGUGGGCAACACAUAAAAAGUGCUGCUCUGUAGGAAUUUGAUAUGAUGUUGCAGGAUGACUGUCAAAAUGACUCUUUUGGGAUCCCUCUUUGAUGAAACAAUUAUUCUCUUUCUUGCAGCAUAUGAAUGCUACAAAUUGUAAUACCGUACUCUUCAUAUAUAGAAUAUACAUUCUUAGCUGGUAGCCAAAUGGUCCAAAAGAUCACAAGAACGUCUAAAUAAAUUACAGUUGUAUGCAUCAUCUAUAGAAUUAAAAAGGGGGACACUAUAGACAACCAGACUAGAUGGGCCGAAUGGUUCUUAUCUGCCGUCACAUUCUGUGUUUCUAUACAAAUUUAAAAAAUAGAUGUAGUGAAUUGAAAUAGCUUUAAUGCAAAUUGAAACAAGGCAUGGUGGGACCAUCAUCACAGGCCCUCUCCCACACUCCAAUGCUCUCUUCCCUCCUGAAAUGUAAUUAAAAUCUCCUGCAAUGAUCAGUAUUCCCUUGGAAAUUUUAGCAACCCUGGACAUUAUCUUGGAAAAAGUAGUCAUUGGGUCUACAUUAGGUAGAUAUAAAUUGACCAAAGUAUAAAUCUUAUUAUCAAUACUACAAACCAAAAUAAUAUAUCUAACCUCCUUAUCCCGUUCACAAUAAACAAUGUCCAAUUUAAGAUCAUUUCAAAAUAUAAUAGCAACACCUCUCUUUUUUUUUUUUUUUUCUAUCUACUAAAAAGGCUUGAAAAAUGAUUGGACAUUGAGCCCCUCCCCACUUUUGUUGAGAAUCUCUAAGCCAGUGAGAUGCUUGAAUAAAUGCAGCCUGAAUUUUCUCUUGGAUUAAGGAAUGAUACAGCCUAUUUCUCUUAUUGGUCAUAUUUAACCCCUGGACAUUAGAACAUAUACACUUUAACCCCUUAAGGGCACAACUUCAGAAAUAAAAGGGAAUCAUGAUGGAAUAUUUCCAUCAUGUGUCCUUAAGGGGUUAACAUAUAUACAAUUCAAAAUUUGACUGCCCACCUAUCUCACUCUGAAAAACACACAUACAACAUAUCAAAUAUACAGUUCGGAGUGGCCAGACCACAAAGGGUUUAGCACACCCAGAAAAAACAACAUACCGUCGGAAACAAAUUCCAAUGUAUCCGUUAGAGCACAUAGUGCUCUCCGAAAUUUUUUUAGUGUAACUACAUAUAGCGGGGCAUGAAAAUGGCAUCUCACCAUAAGGAAAAAAAAUAUAUAUAUUACAUUAUUUAUUAUUAAUCCCAUACUCUAUUAUAAAGGAUUAAUUUUUUCUAAGGAGUAAGAGUGUGGUUUUAUAUAUAAUCAAGCUCUUUAAACUAGUAUUUUCAUCGAAUGACACUAAGUUGACCGUUAGUUAGUAGAGUCUUGUACCAUAAUAAUAGUGUGUUGCCUAUAAAUAUUAGUAAAGUGCAGUAGACCUAUUAUUCCCUACAAGUAGCAUAGUUUAUAUUUUAACAACCAUUUUAACAGAGAUAAAAUCUCAUAUAGAGUUUUAUAUAUCUAUGUUGUGAAUAUUUUAUCAAAUACAAGAUGUAUCUAUCAAAUAUCUGUUUGUUUGUGGAUUAAACUAUUAAUAAAUAUAUUUUCAUGGGGAGCAAUCUUAUCUCUUUAUAAAUUGUGCAAAAAAAUAGAAAUAGUGUUCCAAUAUAUUAAUUGAGCUCUUUAUAGCUUUGUCUUAAUAAUAGUCUUUGUCUUAAUAACUCUCUAUCCAGUCAUAUGAGUGAAACUUAUCCUUAUUACCCCCAUGUGGAUCUAUAUCAAAUAUGUUUAUAUUAAUAACGUGUCACCAUAGAGUUGGAUCCUAACGGUCACAAUACCCAAAUAGCUGAAUACAUAUCCAUCUAUUUCAGAAAAAAAUAUAUAUUAAUUUACAUUAUUAAUUAGUCACCACUGUUAAAAGGCUAUUUCUUACCUUUCAAUGUAAAGCUACCUUGGAGUUAAUAGAACUGUUUGGUAACACGUCAUGCUUAGUUGGAUCUUUAACUCUAUUCUUUGUGUCCACAGCAAGUUUCCCAAGACCUGAAUCGGCAGCUCCUUCAGGACGGAUAUCACUUGGAUGAGAUUCCAGAUGAUGAGGACCUGGAUUUGAUCCCACCAAAACCUGUGCGUUCCGUGUCCUGUCCCUGUUGCCUAGGGGAGUCCUGGUCCUGCAGCAUCCAGUGAAUACUCGUGAGAGGAAGUUCCCCUUCCCCCUAGUUCAGAAAGAACCCUCUAGCAUCACCUCUUUUAUAUCUGAAGGUCAUUGUGGAGAGCAGUGCGGAGGUAGUCCUUGCUUACCAUGCCUGGUAGAUGGCUGCGCUCCUCUCUUGUUACAUACAGACCAUUCACCAAGAACUUGUCUGUGUUACACGUGCAGUAGAUAAACCUUUGGUGAAGUGUUUCCAUUUUUUGCCUACGUGUUGGGCAUGCGUAAAAUCUUCUACCUGCAGUCUCUUGGUGGGAUUUAUCUCUCAUACUGACAAAGGGAACAGAUGCUUAUAAUUGGAGAGAAGAGAGAAAACAGAUUAUAGAUUUGUCUAUAUUUGUCACGUGUGUCCAAAUCUUAUCUUUUGACGCCCAAAGAGAGGACACACAUCGUGAUGUUUAGUUGUAACGUUAAGCUGAAUUUGGAUCUGCUUUGCCUAACGUAUGACUCGCACUCUUUUGCUAGCUCAGUAUCUAGGAUAGCUUUUGGUGUUCUGGAUCCAUGGGCUGUCAUCUAGCUUUGUUCUACCUCUAGAUACAUCUAGAUUUAUGGUUGUCUGAAUGGCAGACUCCCUACAUGUUACUGAUUGCAGAGAAAGAUUAAAAUCAAGUUACACUGUGAGGCCUGUGAACGAACAAGACACUCGUGUUACAUUCAAAUUGGAAAUCAAUCUUUCCUGUUGAAAAGAGGGAGCCUUGCUGUUUAUAGAGGUAGUUAAUAGUAUAAAGAACACAAACUAUGCUAUAAAGAGCAUUCAAUCAAUCAAAUUGCACUGACUGGCAGAGCUCUUCAAACAACCCAUAUUCAUGUAUUGAAUCAAUAUUAUAAAACACAGAAAAUUUAUUAGUAAUCACAUCUUUUAAAACAAGAAAGGUCUUAUUUAUUUUUUUAUACCUAUUUUAGAAAGGUUUAGAGUGUGUGAUGUAUAUCUCCCAUAAAUGGGGUACAUUGAUGUUGGCAGGCUUAUGCAAUGUAUGAUCAUAUACUGUAACUAAACCCCCAUUAUUUUUGCCUAAACUAGGUGUUUUUGAAAAAAAAAAAAAGUUUGUGAGCUUUAAUGUUAGUUUCAGGUGAAGUGCACUGAGGUCUGUACGUUGUGUCCUGUGGUUACUAGCACCAUGACAAAAGUGCGCAUGUUCAAGUGAUAUAUGUGUGUGUAUAUAUAUAUUUUUUUUUUCUUCACCUCCUGCUUGAAGGUAACAGCACUGAAUCUGUGCAACAAUAUCAAACCAAAUAUUUGAAUGCACAUGUAUAAAUUAUAAUAUAUUGCUUUUUUUUCUAUUGGGUGUCUUAAAGUGACCCUAAAAUAUUAAUAUAAAUUGUGUAUACCAGUCUACUACAUGCCUGUUUAAAAUCAGUGCGAGCUGAGAGAUGUAGAUUACUAACACAUAUCCCUUCGUUAAAGAUUCAUCUGCCAAUAAAUAUCAGUACGGGUUGUCUGUAGUAACAUAUUAAAGGGGGGGGGAUACUGUUACAAACUAACUGCCAGUGAUUGAUUGCUUUGGUCUUCGUGUUUGGGCAGAGCCAUUCCUCCAAAACCACUUUUUUUUUUUUUUUUUAUAUAUAUAUAAACCAAAUUUUCUUGAUUUUGCAAAACAGACACAAAUGUCAUUACAUCACUGUUAAGACUGUGCUAAGCCUUUAUGUCAAAGAUCUUUGAGGGGAAGCCUAGCAAGUGAGAUGGGCUCCCCUCCUCUCUGUGUGCUGUGUAUAUUUCUCUUUGUAAAUCUUUGCUCUUUUCCACGAUCUGUUCAGGGCUCAGAUGAGAGGGUGUGUUACAGGAGAGCCAUGAGGUUAACGGGAAAAUCUGUUAUAAAUAAUUAUAUUUAUUGUAAUGUUACUGAUUACGACAUUAUAUUAUCCCACCGCCCCCCGUGAAACAAAAAAGGAAUGUUUUAGGUUUGCCUUUCAUCCAGAGGAAUUGCAGAUGCUUCUCCUGCUGUUCUGAGAUCCUCCUUACACAUGAUCUCAGGGCAGUUAACUGCUUCUCCAUGUAGAAGCAUUAUGACCCUAAGGCACAUGCGUGGCAAACUCUGUGCUAUCCUACAGCCAUCUCAUGUAGAAGCAUUACCCUAAUACUUCUGUAUGAGAAGGUUUAGCUGCCUUUGUUGUCGUCAUGCUGGUUGUGAUAACCCCACAGCCUGCUAAAACUGAAGGUGAUCAAGGUGCGGGAAGUGUCUUUUUAGUUAGGCUGUCAGUAGAAGCAUUCUUUUAAUAAGCACAGUUUUAGAUAAUGGGGCAGUUAAGGGAAUUAUUAUAAAUAAUUGGAGAACUCGACCACAACAGCACAACAUGCAGGUUUGUUUUAAAUGAUCACUAUUUUGGGCCUAAAAUUUCCAGUUCACUCUGACUUCUAGACAAUCCAUAGACAAGUGAAUGGCCCUGACAGACGUUCCUGUGAUGUGUAAUAUCAGUGAUCAGGGUGUUAAUUAAUAAUAUGCUGAACACAUAGUACUGGUAUUGCAGGAUUUUCUAUUGUGUUUUUUUUUUUUUUUUUUUCUCUCAAAGCCAGUUGCCCGAGGAGACACCGGUUGCUUUAUGUAUGUUUGUUUUUAUCUUGCUUUGAGUAAUUGGCUGUAGAGGUAAGGGUUAUAUGUUCUAAACACCAUCAAGGCAUGUUAGAGAACGUUACUUGCUUGGAACAUAAUGUGGCAUUCUCUAAUCUGCUUUGAUAGUGUUUGAAAUCUAUCAGAGGUGGGAAACGUUUUACCAUCAUUGAGAAAAACAGGUUAAACCAGGUAAACCGUGUCUCUCUCGGAAAUGCUUGAAUACAUUGCGUAUUGAAUCACUGAGCUAAAAGCCAUGUUGACCUGCAGUUUUAAUUAUUAGUUACGCUGGUUAAAGUGACAUUUUGGGUGUCACCCAAAAUGUUAUACAGCAUUUAAAGCACCAUAACUACUACAAUAAGCGGUAGCUCUUACCAGCCUUUAAUGGUAACCAAUCUCACCCUUAUUUAAAUACAUUUAAGAUGGGAAAAAAUAAAUUAAGUGCCUUUUUGUUGAAGAGAAACUACACCCCCUGUAUUUUGAGAUAUUUAUAUAUUUGUCUCUAAUGGAAUUCCAACUGACAAGGAAUUAUGGGCAUAGAAUUUCCAGAACGUUGCAAACGUGUUGGGCCUCUUGUAUUACUUUAUGGCGGUAUGUUUCGUUUGUACAAACAACCCAGGUCAUUAGCUCCGUUGAUGGCAGAGCAGUAUAAUGUAUUACUAUUGUAUAAUUAGAUUUACUCUCAUUUUGAAAGGUGCAGAGGGAAAAAAGCAAAUCUAGAUUUCAUUUUUUUUUUUUUUUUUGUAUAAUUUUAGAGCAGAGGCAACUCUGAACUUUCAAACUGGCAGAUCAUGUUUUCAAACACCUUAGUGACAUAACAAUGCUUCAUUACCCUGAGGGCACAGUGUGACUGACACCAAAAAAUGCAAAGGGGGGGGGGGAGAAAUAUUGAAAUAAGGCUCAGCUGUCUGGUUUAAGAUGCAUGUCCCUAUGUUUAAUUUAACAUUAACCUUUAAACCUACCUACCAGCAAUGGGACAGACUCAUCACUACAACCUGAUACUCCCAGUGAUGGCUUUUCAGAGAAGUACUGAAACAUCGACAUUUGAAGCCUUAAUCUACUGAUCCAAUGAGAAGCAUUGGGCGCACACAGUGUCUGGCAUCCGCUUACUUUACAGGCUGACACUGGAUAUCCAAUAUGUUUAAUAAUGAAAUCUAUUUCUGUCUGACAUCCACUGGUAGGCAUGGGCACUGCAGGAAAAUGAAGAGAUUUUGUUUCUGAGACUUUCCCUUUUAACAUCAUUCUUUUCAGAUGACAAACCUCUUCCCAUGUUUGUACAUAACCUGCAGUUGGGAUAGCAAUGUCAAAGCAAAUACCUGCAAAACCUGAUUGUUUAAUGAUUGUGUAGACCUAUGCAAACACACCUUUUCAUAGAGUGCCAGUCAUACUUUCACCCAGUUACAGGUGAGCGUAAAAGGCCCAGAGUCGAUUACAUUGUAACUUUCUUUACCAUAUCAUUAUUCUAACCAGACUUUCUUGGCGAGUUAAUUUACUAAAUCCAGAAUCGUGAAUUGAUCACCAACCGGCUGUGACUGGAGUGGAGUUGGAGGUGUGUUAUUUAAAAAAAAUCUAUAAAAAAUUCUUCGCAAUUCCACAAUUUUAGCUUAAAUUCAGCAAUUUGGUUUUCAGUUCAAUUAAAUAAUCCCCUGGGAAAUGUGAAUUGAUAUAGGGAAUGCAUAUUUUAGCAAAAGGUAAAGCGAAAGAAUAGCAAGUAAGGGCAUUGGUUUUUUUCCUGAGCAAUGAGUAGGUAGUGUCACGGCUAUGGGACGUCUCCCAACCAUUAUUUGCAUCUAUUGUCGACGUUACAGAUGCCAUAGAAGGAAUGGACCGAGAAUUCAAGGCAAGACGUUUAUUGAACUCUAACCGUAUGUGAUGAUAUUGUUUAUUUGCUACAAGGAGUGCCCAUUGGAUCGAUAUGUAAAAUCUGGUUAAGCAGAGAUCGCUAAUGAAGUUACGUGGUUAGCUACUUUCAAAGCUUCCCACCAGUUUGGUAAUAAGGGACUGGACCACCAUGUGUAGAUGUAGGAUUUUGAGAAACAAAUACGUACAAAACAGGUGGGGACCAAGUGCCACCUUAAUAUGACUUUCUGUAUCGGCUCAUUGUGGUUGUGCAAUAAAUCCCCAUCCCCAAAAAAAGGGAAUUCUCACAUUUUCUAAAAUGUGCAUUAGGUAAAGCCAGAGGAGUAAAACACUGACGGCAUUAAUGAAGUUACAGGGAAUUAAAUAUUUCUGCAACACCUACCAUGUGUUCUCCCAGUGAACCCUGUUAAAGGCCUUCUGGGGAACAACAGGCAAGGGUGAUUUUCAAGCGUUUAGAGUGACGAAUGAGACUAAUGAACUUCCAGGUAUCGACUGAUGUUUGAUCUACAUGGUGCAGAUUUAGCCAGAAGCUUUACAUACAUCUCUGUAGUAUUAUAAUUGGCAUUUAUAUAGCGCCAAUUUAUUCCACGGUGCUUUACGAUGUUAUAAAGGGGGAUUUAACAACAAAUUGGACAACCUGUUACAAAUUUUGACAGGAACAUUAGAUAUCGAUGUUUGAGAGACAUAGGGGAAAGGGUAUGGCACGCAGUAGGGGUUCUGUCAUUUUGGCGGUUAUGUGGGCAUGGAGGAAUUGUUCUGGGACUGUCUUCGUGGAAGUAAAGACAUUGCACAGAGACAUCAACAGAGUUAAUUACUAAACUGAAAUUCACUUGACAUUCACUGUGAAAUCCCAACAAUUCUGUUGCUCAUUUGAAUGUUCGACAAUUCUUACUUUUAGUGUGGAACGAGCAGAUGUUUAAAUGUCUUGUACUUUGUACCAGAGGAGCCAUUGUAAGAUGUUAUUCCUAUUAAUACCCCAUCUCCUCUCUGGAAGACUGUGGUCAAUGUGGUUUUCCUAUAUGAUGAUGUGUGAAUUUAUGGAAGUUGGAUGUGAAUCUUGUAAAGAUGCAAUGAUUUUUGCUUUAACACUAUUUUGUACUAUACUUACUCUCUGGUUUUGGAGAGGUUAUUGAGAAAUAAAUAGCAAUAAUCUACUGUG